AUGACUGAUUUACCAGAUACUACACGAGAACAGAUCUGGUCAUGCAAGUGCAGUAUUGCAUGGCCUGCCACCCCCUCUAAGAGGGAUGAAUGCAAGUGGGCAGGGAAAGACUAUGUGAAAGAGUGUUCUAACUACAUUCGGGUCCUCCAACCGUACAACCAGACCCACAUGUACAUCUGUGGCACAGGAGCCUUCCACCCCAUCUGUGCUUAUCUGGAAAUGGGCAAGAGAGCAGAGGACAACAUCUUUCGACUGGCGCCUCAUUUUGAGAAUGGCCGCGGGAAAAGCCCCUACGACCCCAGAAUGCUCUCCGCCUCGCUCCUGAUCGAUGGGGAACUGUACUCUGGCACGUCUGCUGAUUUCAUGGGAAGGGACUUUGCAAUUUUCCGUACGCUGGGAGAUCAUCAUCCAAUCAGGACAGAGCAGCAUGAUUCAAGAUGGCUGAAUGACCCCAGGUUCGUCAGCGUACACUUGAUCCCAGAGAGCGACAACCCUGAAGACGACAAGAUCUUCCUGUUCUUCAAGGAGAACGCCAUGGACGGAGAGCACACCGGGAAGGCCACCAUCGCCAGGAUAGGACAACUGUGUAAGAACGAUAUGGGAGGUCACAGGAGUUUGGUGAACAAGUGGACCACUUUCCUCAAGGCUCGGCUCAUGUGUUCAGUCCCCGGGGUCAACGGCAUUGAUACGCACUUUGAUGAACUACAGGAUGUGUUUCUCAUGAGUUCUAAGGACCCGAAGAAUCCAGUCAUCUACGCCGUAUUCACCACAUCCAGUAACAUCUUUAAAGGCUCCGCGGUGUGUAUGUACAACAUGGCGGACAUAAGGAGGGUGUUCCUGGGUCCCUACGCCCACAGAGAUGGACCCACCUAUCAGUGGGUGCCCUUCCAAGGGAGGGUGCCCUACCCUCGUCCUGGAACUUGUCCCAGUAAGACGUUCGGAGGUUUCGACUCCACCAAAGACCUUCCCGAUGACGUCAUUACUUUCGCCCGGGGCCACCCGGCCAUGUACAACCCAGUUCACCCGAUAGGGGGGCGUCCCAUCAUGGUGAGGACAGAUGUGGACUACCAGUUCUCCCAGCUGGUGGUGGACAGAGUGGAGGCAGAGGACGGACAGUAUGACGUCAUGUUUAUUGGCACAGAUAUGGGAACAGUGCUGAAGGUGGUGACGAUCCCCAGAGAGAGCUGGCACGACCUGGAGGAGGUGGUGUUGGAGGAGAUGACGGUCUUUAGGGAGCCCACUACCAUUACUGCCAUGGAGCUGUCCACCAAGCAGCAACAGCUGUACCUUGGCUCGUCCCUGGGUGUAUCGCAGAUGUCUCUGCACCGUUGCGAGGUGUAUGGGAAAGCUUGCGCCGAGUGCUGCUUGGCCCGAGACCCGUACUGCGCCUGGGACGGCACCGAAUGCUCAAGAUACUUCCCCACCGCCAAGAGGCGAACCAGACGACAGGAUAUCAGAAACGGAGACCCUCUCUCCCAGUGCUCAGACCUCCAGCAUCAAGACGACGUGGACGGCGUAGGAGGCAGUGUGGAGGACAGGAGUGUGUUCGGUGUGGAGAACAGCAGCAUGUUCCUGGAGUGCAGCCCCAAGUCUCAGAGAGCGCUCAUCUACUGGCAGCUGCAGAAGCUCAACGACGACCGAAAGCACGAGAUCAAGCUGGAUGACAGAGUUCUUCGUACCGACCAGGGUCUGCUCAUCCGCAGCCUCGCACAGUCCGACACAGGAAUCUACCACUGCCAGGCCGUCGAGCACGGCUUCAUUCAGCCCCUUCUCCGCCUCAACCUCCAGGUCAUCCCCUCCCAGAAACUGGCCGACAUCCUUCCAGGAAUACCCGGAGCGGGAGGCGGCGUGGGUCAGUCCCCCAAGCACAGAGUGUGGUACAGAGAUUUCCUCUCUCUGUUGGACCACCCAGACCUCAACAGCGUGGAGGAGUUCUGCGAUCGAGUUUGGAAGAAGGAGCGCAAACAGAAGAAGCCGAAGACGCCCAAUGGCAACGAUCAGGGUAAAACUGACAGCGCUGCGUUACGGCCUAAAGCUACAGCUCCCAAUGCUCAGAGGCAGCAGGCCAAUCCACCGCAGAGCAGGCCAUGGCUUCAGGCCGGAGCUCCGACAGUGGAAGGGCCGGUGCGGGGUCAGAAUGCCCAGAAAGGUCAAACAAAUCUGGGUAUGGUGAGCGGCCAGGCGACGAGGAGCAACACGAAGACGCAAAACAGCCAGAAGGGGCAGGGCGGCCUGGCAGGCUCUCAAGCGGCGGGGGGGCAGCGGGCAAACAACCAGCACACCGCCAAGUGGAGACGGAUGCAGGAAAAUAAGAAGGGACGCAACAGGAGGACCCACGAGCUCCAAAGACCUCCGCGUAGUGUUUGAGAUCAAGCACAGACACGCACACACGCAACCAGAUCUACACACACAAGCACAAACCCAUGCAUCCACACAUACUGUCAACACACAAACACGUUCUCGAGAGUGUUUUUCCAGUGUAUGAUUCAGUGACCUCUCCAUGACAAGAACAAAAACACACACAUCAGACACACAGUUUAGAUAGAAGUCGAGCCGCACACACGAAACUACAAUAACGCUCUCAUUCAAAGACUCAAACCCACAUAACCUUGGAAGAGGAGGAUGAACGGAGGAUGGAGAGACUGGAAAAUACUGUAAAUGUGUGAGCAUGUGGCUGGUUGCCUGGGAGACUGUCUGGCGCACAGUUCAACCUCCUGUACAUAAGCUACUAAAAUAAGACGGGGACAGACUGAGGUGUUCGUCAGUGAAGCAGAUGGACUUGACGCUGAGAGGACAGUCGCGUAGACGUUUAUUAGACGCACGGACAUUUACGGAAGCGGAUACAAUGUUUUCCGACCUGCUUCCCUCUUUGACCUGAGCAUGUGAACUGCAAGAUAGCAUAAACAGACUCUUAUUUUGAAAGGACUGCUUGAGGACAAAAAGAUUCUUCUGUCUCGUCCGUACGAACAACAGCGCCCCCCACAGGAGGAAAAGGGAGGCGUGCAGUUCACCUCGACGUGUGCACAGCUUUGCACCGGUGGCCCACACUAAAUAGAAGCGUUAUAAACAUGCAAAAACUGCAAAGUCAUGCGGAGAAAGUGCUUCGUCGCAACCCACUCCACCUGAGGCAUCGUGCAUGUUGUCAAUCAAUGUUUUAAUAAGCUAGUUAUUUUAUGGAGUUCUUGGGUCUUCUUUUUUUACUCCCUACCUGAAAAAUGUUACUUUUAUAUUUUCUUUCCUUUCCAAACCAGUGGUUCUUUUUUUUUUUUUUGCAAAAACGAGCAACAUAGCCGCCUCAUCUUGCAUUAUCCCCCCCUCCCCUUCCGCCUCUGAGGAUCCUGUGUAACUUAUUACGUCUUUUCUGGGAUUUCACGAAUUCCGGUUGUCGGCGUAAUACGUGAAAAGCCAGUCGGAAAUAGACUGCCACUUGUUUUUUGUGUACAUAUAUACAACAAACGUAACUCUCUGUGUAUAUACAGUACAUAUACAGUACGAGAACACCACUUGAUAAUUAUUUAUUGCUCAUUGUUUUGUGAAAGGGUUGCAUUUAUUUUUGAUAUUAUGGUAUUUCUGGCUCAUCAGUACAUUGGAGAAACAACGGCAACAUCGUCUACAUGAACUUUGACGGACCAACUGAGUGAAAUACAUCACAGAGGGUUUGAAAGUGAAUUAAGUAAAAGGGGUUUUGCGUCAUUAACCGAAUCCCGUCUUUAAUAAGCACAAUUUAGUCUCUUUUGCCAUAACCAACGAUUUUUUUACUUCGCUUUCCUUUCCCCACAUCCACCAGACAUGUCGUUCAUGCAUCGAGUCGCCAUGAUGUGUAAGAUAAUUCCCCGAAUCUGAGAAAAACCUUAGCUGUGAAUCUCUGUAAGAAAUAGUGGAGAAAAAUGUAAAAUCUAGUCUGAGGAGAAGACACCUUAUUACUGCAUGUGAAUGCUACCUACAGCAAGUGCAUCUUUUUUAAUCGUCUCUCUUUCUGUGUUUUGUGUGAGAGGUAAAGUUUCCUUAAAAGCAAAGUGUGAAUUAUACUUUUGCCAAAACAGUGAUUAAUAGCGAUCCAAGACACUCCGGCCAAAGCCGUUCGAAAUCCAACCUCAGUAAUCUCCGAUUCAAGCUGGUAACCCCUUCCCCUUGUCUUCCUUAUCCCCUCAAUACACGACAAGAGUAUAAAGUGUCAAUGCAAUAAAUUAGAGCGGAUAGCGUUCUGUACCGGCACUCAAAAAGUUUGGUGUGUCCCUAAUUUGGGUCUCUCCCUCAGAGUUAGAAAAAGCGAGAGAGCUGAGAGUUUCCGCUGCUGUAACACGGCUCUUUCUGGCAUGCGUUCAGUUGUCUAAAUAAACAUCUCCG